AACUCUUUGGCCCUGUGCAAACCAUGUGAUUGUUGUUUAGCUUGUCCAAGCGUUGCAACCUUGACAGGGCACCUUUAUCUGCCUGCUUCCCCAGUCAUACUGGAAUAGUCUGGAAUGUCAUGGCAGAAUCCAGUGAGAAUAGUGAUACCACUCUGGUUUGAGAGUUGCCAUUUCCAGUGACAGAAGAGGAGUGGCUGUGCAGGUUUUCACAGAGGAAAGUUGUUGCUAUCUGCAGAAUACUGAAGAAGCCCUGUUUUUGAAGUAGCUGGACAUGUUCGCCGUCACUGUCACAAUGCUCCGGCGAGGAGCUUGGAGAUACUGGGACAGUCAGUGCCCCAUAGCAACCAUUGUGUCCGGCAAUAAGACAUCACAACAGGUGAGGGAAAGACUGAAGAAGGAGAUAGCAGAGAUGAAGAAUCAGUUCCCAGGAUCUAGGCCAGGCCUGGUUGUGCUGCAGGUCGGGGACAGAGAUGACUCAAACCUCUACAUCAGCAUGAAGCUCAAGGCAGCGGCUGAGAUUGGAAUCAAUGCGAACCACAUUAGGCUUCCCAAGACAGCCACUGAAGAUGAAGUUCUACGAAGCAUAGUUGCAGUCAAUGAGAAUCCUGCAGUCCAUGGUCUUAUUGUACAACUGCCCCUCGACUCCAUCAACCCAAUAGACACUGAAAAAGUGACCAAUGCUGUAGCCCCAGAGAAAGAUGUUGAUGGCCUGACCAGUAUCAAUGCAGGCAAGCUGUCUCGUGGAGACCUGGGGAGCUGUUUCAUCCCAUGCACUCCUAACGGCUGUAUGGAACUCAUCAGUCAGACCGGUGUGACUGUGUCUGGGAAGAAUGCUGUUGUGAUCGGCCGCAGUAAGAUAGUUGGGGCUCCAAUGCAUGAUCUGCUGUUAUGGAACCAUGCCACAGUAACCACCUGUCACUCAAAGACACUUGACCUUGCUGAACAGGUGGGCAGAGCAGACAUCUUGGUUGUGGGUGCUGGCAAAGCUGAGAUGGUGAUGGGAGAGUGGGUGAAGGAGGGGGCGGUGGUCAUAGACUGUGGCAUCAAUUACAUACCAGAUAGCAGUAAACCCAGUGGGAAACGUGUAGUGGGAGACGUGCACUACUCCACAGCUAAAGAGCGAGCUGGAUUCAUCACCCCAGUGCCUGGUGGAGUAGGACCCAUGACUGUAGCCAUGUUGAUGAAGAAUACAGUUGAAAGUGCAAAGCGGUUUCUGCAGACAUACAGACCAGGGAAGUGGAACAUAGUCUACGCAAAGAAGAAACCACAAAGGCCUCAGCCAAGUGAUGUUGAAAUCUCCCGUUCAUGCUUGAGUAAACCAAUUGGUCAGCUUGCGAGAGAGGUGGGCCUGUUUUCUGAGGAAGUGGAGCCAUAUGGCAGGAGCAAAGCAAAGAUACGACUGGAUGCCCUAAAACGAAUGAAGAAACAGCCUGAUGGGAAAUAUGUGGUUGUCACUGGAAUUACUUCUACUCCAAUGGGCGAGGGAAAACGCACCACUGCUCUUGGUUUGGCUCAGGCCUUAGGGGCCCACCUGAAUAUAAACACUUUUGCUUGUGUGCGAGAGCCUUCUCCAGGAUCCCGUUUUGUUGUCAAGGGGGUUGCUGUUGGAGGUGGAUACUCACAAAUUAUUCCUUUGGAGGAGGUCAGUUUUCAGCCUUCAGGCCACAGUGAGGUCAUCUCUACUGCCAGUAGACUGGUGAUGGACACCAUUAAAGCACAUGCUCACUUUGAGACCAAGCUCUCUGAAAAGGCUUUGUUUGAUUUAUUGGUUCCUCUCAAAGUGGGUCAAAGGUCUGUCUCCCCAGCUCAGCUCAACCGACUAAAGAAACUGGGCAUUGAGAAAUCUGACCCCUUGACCUUAACAAAGACUGAGAUAAGACGCUUUGUUCAACUCGACAUUGAUCAAGCCACCACAACAGAUUGUGGCUCUUUGGAAAAUGAGAUCAUGGCUGUACUGUCACUAAGCAGCAGUGAGGAAGAUAUGCAGCAGAGGCUGACCAAGAUAAUAGUGGCUACAAACAAAUCUGGAGAUCCUGUUACCACUGAGGAUUUGAAUGUCAGUGGUGCAUUGGCCAUGCUAUUGAAAGAUGCACUACAACCCAUCUUAAUGCAGACUGUAGAGGGUACACCAGUGUUUGUUCACACCAGCCCAUUAGCAGACAUUGCCCAUGGCAGUCCCUCCAUCCUGGCAGACAGAAUGGCUUUAAAAAUGGUUGGACCUGAUGGAUAUGUAGUCACUGUGUAUGGUCAUGGGGCUGACAUUGGCUUGGAGAAAUUCUUCAACAUUAAAUGCUGCUAUUCAGACCUGCAGCCAGAUGUUGUAGUGAUGGUGACCACUGUUCGUACCUUGAAGAUGCACGGUGGUGGCCCCACAGUCCAAGCAGGCUUGCCCUUUCCAAAAGAGGAUUCACAGGAGAACCUCAAGCAUCUAGAGAGAGGCUGUUGUCACUUGAGGAAACAGGUGGAGAAUGCACAAGCAUUUGGCUUGCCGGUUAUAGUUGCUGUCAACAAAUUCAGCUCUGAUACCAAUGCUGAACUGCAGCUGGUGUGUAGCCAGGCCAGGCAGGCUGGUGCCUUUGAUGCAGUGCAGUGCACUAACUGGUCUGAGGGGGGCGCUGGAGCGCUGACUCUGGCUGAGGCUGUUCAGAGGGCUGUGCAAAUGCCCAACCUGUUCAGGUUCCUUUAUGACCCACAGAUUCCAGCUGUCGAUAAGUUAAGGACCGUGGCAAAAAGGAUGUACAAUGCGAAGGACAUAGAGCUCUCACCAAAAGCCAAGGAGAAGCUUGCACUUUACACAAAACAGGGCUUUGGGAAUUUGCCAGUCUGCAUAGCCAAGACACACCAGUCCUUGAAUAAUGACCCCAUGCUGAAGGGGGAGCCCACUGACUUCUUCCUGCCCAUUACAGAUAUCAAGGCCAAUGCUGGAGCUGGAUUCCUCUGCUGUUUGACUGGCUCUAGAAAUACAGAAAUGGAUGAUCCCACGUGGCCCUGUUUCCAUGACAACAACUUUUACAGUGACAAGUAGCUGAAUGGUUACUUGCAAAGGUGGUCAAACUGAAAUAGGUUUAAUUAAUGGUCAAUCAAAGUUUUAAUAAUUGCAAGGAAAUGUUUCUUUUUGAUAUGGUUAAAUUAUUUUUUUUUAACUCAUGAAGACUCUUCAGUUGAAUCAUGGCAUCAAUUUUUGGCACCCUAGUCACCUGAAAUCCAGGUGUUUUCACUCGAAAAAGUUCUAAACAAUCUCUCAAAACUACAUCCACUGUCCUGUUGUGACAGUAGUGCCCUCUCAUUUUCCUUAACUUUUGGAGAAGACCAAAUGUCCUCAUAUUUACACAAAUGGUUCAUUCAUCAAAUCUUCAAAAUAAGGACUUUAGCAAGUUUUUGAUCAGUAACUGUCUAAUUGUAUUGUUUUACAUCCUAUGAGAAAACAGUUAAUUAUCAUUAACUGUUUCUGUUUAUUAUCUGUAUAUUUGCAAACUGUCAGUUGUUUUGCUGGGUGGAGCCAAUUGACAUCAUUAGUGUAUGACAAGAGAAUGUUUUAUUUUAGGAAUUCUUCACUCCAGAUCUCACAGUUAUUACACUGUGUCUUGAAGGAUAAGAUAUUUUUAGCCAUUAAUUUUUAGCCACGACCAAGCAGAACACAGAUGUUGUGACAAGAACUGAUUGUCUGUGUGUUUCUUAUCAGUGUGUUCACUUGUGAAAUCAAGUUAGUUUUAAGAAAUUGCUGCUGUUAUCUGAUUGAGUCAGCUAAAUGUCAUUAGGCAUAGCAGGUUGAUGUUUGUCAGUAUUAUUGAUAGAUUUUUUUAGAUAAUGGGACACAUUGAUUCUAGUAGAUAGCUUAGUCUCUAUACAUUUAUUCUACAUAUUUACCUGUGCUGUCAUCUCUCUCUCUUAAACAAAAUCUUUUCUUGACCUUUAAUGAAGUUCCUAGUUGCUAUAGAUACUAAGCUGACAGCCUUAUUGUUGGCUAUAAUUAGAUAAUUGUAUAUUUGUUCAGCCUGUUAGUCCAGUUUAGUUUAGCCUGUUGUUGUCAAGAAACGUAUUACCCUGCUGCUGUCUACUAGUCAAUGUUCACUAUCAGUAAUCUAUAAGUGUCCUUCCCAGACAUCUGGGGCUGUGAUUAAAUCAUGUAGCUGUGAGAGGUGUAAUUCAAAUGAGUUAAGAAAACUCUCAUCUUUCCCUUUUAUAUCCAUAUAACAUGAAACUUAAAUUCCUCCAUGAUUUUGGCUUAAACCCGAAUUCAUUCCGAAUUCAGUCAAGUAAUUUUGUGUCUGUCCACUACAUAUUUGAAAGGGCAAAAAUUUAAAUGUAUAAAUUGCAGCAUUGAAUGAUAAAAUGUUUACUGUUGAAUAAAUGGGCUAAUCUAAA